AGUCUACAAUUUUGUUUGCCUCCAAUAAAUUGUUUAUUGUUAUCAAUAGUUAUUGACAAAGUUAAUUGACUAUAUACUCAGGUAAUUAACAUCAGAAGACGAAAGAAACUAAAUAAAAACCCCUCUAAUCAAUAAUUUACGAUAAGAUACGUAUAUAUAUAUAACCUAGUCUGAACUGUUAAAUCUUGCCAGUUGUUAACAACAGAUUGAUAUUCAUGUUAGUGACAAAGUAGUGAGUGUUUUUUCGGUGAUUUGAAGUUUUUUAGAAAUUUCCAAAAUGAAAGAACGGACUAUACAGAUUUUCACUUACGUUUUCGUAUUAAAAAAUGAACUUUUCUCACAUCCAAGUGAAUAUUUAUAACAAAAGUGAAAACUGUCGUAUAGAGUGGUAUUUGAACAUUGAACAUUUGAAAUGGAUCACGGGUAUUACGGAUCCAUAAGUAUUCCUUACCAUUCGGAGGAAAUCGAGAAAUUGAUUCCUAUAAAAAGAUCGUCCAUCAAAAAAGAUUAUCAAGGUCUAAAAAUUUUAGGAAUGUGCAGAUCUACGUAUUUAUUUUCAGUUUUUUUGUUUUUUUAUAUUUUUUUCGUAUGCAGUGGGGCGGCUAUAUUCACUUAUUUAGAAGAUCCUCAGGAUAGACUUACUAGGAUGCGAUUAAGAGCAGCUAUACAGAAAUUUCACUCAGCAAAUCCUAAUGUAACAGAUGUAGAUUUGGAAGAGUUAAUUUCUGAAAUUAUACAUGCCAGCAACAGAGGAGUGUCGGCUGUGAGAAAUGCAACUGGAGAACCAAAUUGGAGUUUUGGGCAAUCGCUUUUCUUCGCGAGCACAGUCGUGACAACAAUAGGUUAUGGUCACGUAACGCCACUUAGUAGAACUGGUAAAGUUUUCUGCAUGUUGUAUGCGAUGGUUGGCAUUCCUUUGACAUUGGUACUUCUUUCUGCAUUAGUGGAAAGACUUUUGGUACCAACAAUUGGAAUGCUACAAUGGCUUAAUUCGCGACUUGGUCAUUUGUAUCAACCUUUUAAUAUUAGAAUAAUGCACCUUAUGAUUAUUGUGCUCAUCCUGGUAUGCUUUUUCCUGUUGCUUCCGGCCGCUAUAUUUGCUACAAUAGAACCAGAAUGGGACUAUUUAGAUUCGAUAUAUUAUUGCUUCAUAUCCUUGACAACCAUAGGUUUAGGGGAUUACAUACCUGGUGAUUCAUUAGAUCAGCCUUACCGUCCUCUCUACAAAAUAGCAACAACUUGUUACCUAUUUUUGGGCAUAACUAUAAUGAUGUUAACGCUAGCAGUAUUCUACGACAUACCACAACUCAAUUUAGGUUUACUCUUUACGGUUAAAGGUGAUGAAAGUUCUGAAAAAUUACGUUUGGCUUCUUCUGGUCACGAUAUUCAUUACGGAGCUAAUACUUUAACGCAACAAAACGAAGAAGAAAAUACUCAUAGACAAGUAGUAAGGGUUAGAUCUCGACGGAACGACAGUCCAAGUCCAGAAGAUUCUGUUUUGAAGAUGAUUCCAUAAAAAAUAGUAGAAUUACAAUCCAUUACGUUUAGGUGAAAAUAUUUGAACCCGUCAUUUCGAAAAAAUAUGUAAAAAAAUAUUUUUCGUGACUCAAGUAAAAUUUAUAUUUUACUGGAUGAUUUGGAAAUUUUUGUUUAUAGAAUUUUCAUUAUAUUAGUUAGGCAUGAUUCCAGUAUUUUAAUUUAUCAUUUUCUCCGAAAUACUUCACAGUAGUUUUGAUUCCGGGUUUUACAGAUUUCAUGCUACUUUUAUAGAUCUAGUGCAUUUGUGUUAUCUGAAAAUUAUUAACGAAACUAUUACUUUGCAUAUUAUUCUCAAAUUAAAGUCAGUUAAAAGCUA